AUGCUCGGUGCGAUGAUGGCCAGUCAUGCUCAGCUGUCAGCUGGUGAACUUCUAAACAUCAUCAACAAGGAUAGCAUACUCGCUACGUUCGCACCACAGUGGUUCCGCGACAACUAUUACAAAGCUGUAGUUAGGUCACCAAAUGUGCGGCCGUCACAGAUAGCGGCGGGAUCAAUUCGGCUGCGGCCGCAUCUCGUGGGUCGAACUGGAGUAGUAGGACGGAUUAGGAUAAACCGAGUCAAUGGCCGGGUCACGUGGCUAUUUGCGUUCUACCACGCCCCCCACCCCGUCGCCCGCGGCUGCCCCUCCCUCACCGCCCUUGCCCAAACUACCCGCGCCCUGCGCUGCGACGCAAUUUAUUUCGGCUUGAACUUUGGCGACGUCCAGCCGGGCGCACUCACACAAGUGCGUGCGCCGCCGUGCGCGAAGGAUAAUGAGACUAGUCCA